AUGCUACAAAAUUUUCUUUACACAUCUAAUUUGAUAGAGGUUGAGGAAAAUGGUUGGUUUGGCACGGGAUCACCCCGUGCCGAUGAUCCUAUGGUGCAUCCAUUCAGCGUUAGUGUUCCUGACGAAGUUCUUGAGGACCUAAGAAGAAGACUCAUGAACGCUCGGGUCUCCCAUCGACAUCUCGACGAUUCCAACGAUUUUUGGUAUGGCUUCAACAGCGACGAAUUGGAAGUGUUCAGAAAGUAUUGGCUGAAUAGCUAUAAUUGGAAGAAGCACGAAAACAUCAUUAAUCAGUUCAAGCAAUUCCAAACUGAGAUAGAAGGACUAAAGAUCCAUUUUAUCAGGGAACCAGCCGCAUCGGGAUAUAAAAAAGUGGUCCCUCUGCUGAUUGUUCAUGGCUGGCCUGGAAACGUAUUUGAAUUCUACAAAAUCAUCCCGAUGCUUACUGAUCCCAAGAAACAUGGAAUUGACUCUGAGAUCGCUUUUGAAGUGAUUGCUCCUUCGAUUCCUGGUUAUGGAUGGUCAGAUCAACCUAAGAAAACUGGAUUCAGCCAACUAGCUUGUGCACGAGUAUUCCGCAAAUUGAUGGAUAGACUUGGAAUCAAGAAAUAUUACCUUCAAGGAGGAGAU